AUGAAGCUGUCUGGUGUCCUCUCUGCUCUUGCUCUUACCUCCGCCGUCUCGGCCACCACUGUCUCCUACGACACUGGCUACGAUGACAAGUCUCGCCCCAUGACCGCUGUCUCUUGCUCUGAUGGCAAGAACGGUCUCAUCACCAAGUAUGGCUGGAAGACUCAGGGCAACGUCCCUACCAAGUACGUCGGUGGUGUCAACAUCAUCGAGGGCUGGAACUCUGCCAACUGUGGUGGCUGCUACCGCCUCGAGUACAAGGGCAAGAAGAUCAACGUCCUCGCUAUCGACCACGCUGCCUCUGGCUUCAACAUUGGCCUUGAUGCCAUGAACGCCCUCACAAAUGGCCAGGCUGUCAAGCUCGGCCGCAUCAACGCCCAGGUUUACCACGCCAAGCCUUCUGACUGCGGUCUCAAGAACUAA